CGCCGAAAGCCCAUCGCCGAAUAGGUAUAAGUGCUGACGAUCACUUACGACACCACGCCAUUUUACCACGUUUUUUAUCUCUAUCAUUUCUGAUUGAGAUGGCCUAGCCCUGCGACACACUGAUCUCGUUGACAUCUAUUAGAAGCACUAUCGCUUGUAAUGUAAAUUUCCGGCGCAUAUUACAGUGUAAGGAGAAUAAGACAAUCAUUGCAUCGCUGCAACUAAGAUGUCAAUUCCACCGUACCUGGCACACAAUGAGGUCCGCCAAGAGUGCUGACUCUAGCCAUUGCGAAAGAAUAGUCCUUUGCACGAAAAAAAAUAUAGUAUUGAUACUUCAAGUCAAUAUCGUGCCAGCGGCGACGGUAUUGUAGAUACUAAUCAACAAUACCUUUAGCCGAGUACAACAAGGCGCAAUGACCUGGGGCAAUUUCAGCCUCUGUACCAGUGGGUCAGACUACAAGGCGGGGCAAAGAAACAAUAAAUCGACCUGUCUGCUUCGACACGCGGCAACUAACUUUCUACAUAUGAGGGCCUAUUCUAAUAGCGUAUAGUACGAGAAUGUUACUAGGUAUCCCAAAGCGCAAACGGCCUGUCAUAUCGUGCGGAGAAUGCCACCGACGUAAGCAAAAGUGCGAUCGACGCCAGCCAUGCGCUCACUGCAUUAAACGCGGCGUGCAAGAUGCUUGCCGCUAUGAACCAGAUGAUGACCGCACCAGCUACGAUAUUCGUCCUCCUACAAGUCGACGCAAAGAUAGUUUGACGCAGCCCUCCACAGCUGCAACACCAACGACACCAACGUCUACUUUAAGCGAAGAGCUUAAACAACUCGGUUAUACCAGCAGCAUAACAGGAACAGCAGGCCUCAUCUCCAACCUAGGCCAGCUCGGCACCAAACAGCAGCAGAAGCUACCUAUCGAUUCCACAGCGACCCCAUAUGUCAGUAUUAUUCGACAGCUCCCAUCGCAAAAGUGCACCAACAUCCUGGUGCAAAGUUUCUUUCAAAACGUCGCAUGGCAAUACGAUAUUGUGGACGAGACUAUAUUCAAUCGCCAGCUCACUCAAUGGAACAGUCUCUCCUAUGCCCAGCUGAGGCUCGCACCGGAUAGUUUACCCGUUAACCUUCAAUCCUUUCCAUCGUUACUUUUUCAAGUGCUAGCACAAGCUCUACUAUUUCAACCUCUGGUAUACGACAAAAGUUUGGAUGGCCUGAAAUACAUACCGAACAUGGAGCUCUCUGACCGAGCAGAGGAUUUUAGCAAUGCUGGCCAAGAACUUGCCGCGUGCUUUCGAAGGCGUGAACUCACGCUCAACAUGGUACAAGCUCAGCUAAUGCGAGCAUGUUUUGAAAAGACUACCGGCGCCGUAGUUGAUGCUUGGCACACGCUCGGCACUGCUAUCCGCAAUGCGCAAGAGCUUGGCCUACACCUAUUAGGGCCAGAAGAAAUGGCUUCGACAACAGUACCGGCAUCAGAGCGAGACUUGGGUCGCAAAUUAUGGCUAAUGCUUCAUAUUUGGGACAAUCAUAUGGCUAUUGUCCUGGGGAGGCCACUGUUUACAAGGAUGAACCCGAACGACGUACCUUCGCCUAUGUCCUGGAGCCAUAGUCCUGCCUCUAGUCCCUCCAUGCCCAAAGUACCCCAACCCCGCGACGUCAUUUUGUGCGGCUAUCACACGGCAUAUAGAUUUUUACAAGACAUCCGUGAUCUGGAGCAAAGAAAAAUCGAGGACUGCCGCGCUCUCAUUCAGGGCAUCCACGAAAAGAUCGCUACCAAUAUCACCAACCUCCCAGCCUGGGCUGCGGCCCAGAGAUCUCGUGAUGGUGAGCCUGCUUGGCUUGCUGCAGCGCUUGAAACCAUGCUUACGAAUGUGCACUUUGUCCUGUUUGCCUUACAUCGACCUUUUGUAUUUAAAGAGCAGAGCAGUCGCGAGAGGGCCUUUUACUCAGCGAUGCAGAUCUUAGAGUCGCAAACUCGCCUCUUCAAUCUGAUGCAGGACCUGCAGUACCAUUCUUUCAAUUUAGUUUUCUCCACAUUCGACGCAAUGGUGCUCAUUGCAGCCCUUCAGAUACGGUUUCCAGACGAAUUUAUCGAACAGCUGCCUGCGACGAAACAAAAUUUGGAGUGGGGAUUGAAUAGGCUGAAUGUUUUACAAGCGAGAAACAACCUCGCCGGUCCAGCUUAUAGCACCAUCGAGCGGUUAUGUCGAAAGUUAUCAGUGGUUGCAUUUCCAACACAGCACAUGAGGCAAGUGGAUGGCACCCCGGCUUCACUGACAAGCACAACAUUGGUAGGGGCUGAGAAUGAGAUGUCGCCGGUCAAUUGGGACGGCUUUACGCAUUUUGCAUUUGGCUCAAUCUCUGCUCCGCCGGUGGAUGAUAUAUUAAUCAAUGACGGGAUACUGGGAGCGUAUCCAGAACACCACCAAGGCGCUUUCAAUAACUUGACCCAACUUCCCCUUGGGUUCUUCGACACUAUGGAGAACGGUAAACCAGGGGAAUAGUGCAUUACGCAAUAGCAAAAACAACACAAUAAACAUGGACAGCCGCUAUGCUUUCUCUCUUUAAUAGACCAUCUGUCCGUCAUUCUUCACAAUUCUCAACCAAUAGAGAAAAGUAUGUAAAUAAUACACAGCGUGAGACACCUUCUAUUUAUGGUGGGGUUGAAGAUCUACAGACUUGGGACGAACGAUGCUAAUUCGAGGCUCAGGCCCGAAUUUGGAAGGUAACAACCAGCGCUAGCUGAUGCUGACCAAGUCAAGCAGCUCCAGGAGAAGCGCUGCUGGCUACGCUUCGUAUAUGAAAUGACAAUCAAGAAAUAUUUUGAAAAGUUUUCGUUGGAAAGAUGAAUUAAAAGUAUACAGUCUAGUAAUUAUAUCAUACAAUAAAAGAAUUAGCAUC